AUGGUGCAGAUGGAGCCAGUCGUGCACUCCUUUUACGAACCAACGACAGGCACAUGGCAGUACAUUGUCGCUUGCCCCUCGACGAAAGAUGCGGCCGUCAUUGACCCGGUGCUUGACUUUGACCCUGCUUCAUUGAGAAUCAGCACUGCGUCUGCCGAUUCUUUGUUUGAUUUCGUCACUCGGAAAGGCUACACCAUCCGAUAUCUGCUGGAAACGCAUGCCCACGCAGAUCACCUCACCGCCUCCUUCUAUCUCCAGCAGCGACUCCUUCUAUCGAGCAAGCCACGCCCUCCGAUCUGCAUCGGCCAUCGCAUUCGAACCGUGCAGAAGACCUUUGGCCAGAAAUAUGGCAUCCCCGCAGAGGAGCUGGAUGCCGCCUUCGAUCAUCUCUUAGAAGACGGAGAAGAGUUUUCCAUCGGUGACGUAGUGGCUUCCGUCCUCUACCUGCCAGGCCAUACCCCGGAUCAUAUUGGGUAUCGCAUUGGGAUGAACGUCUUCACGGGGGAUUCCAUCUUUAAUCCCGACGUAGGGAGCGCGCGCUGUGAUUUCCCGGGGGGAGACGCGCGCACCCUCUAUAGCUCGAUGCAGACACUCCUGUCACUCCCACCUUCUUACAGGCUGUAUACCGGGCACGAUUAUCCCCCGAGUAUCGAUGGCGAGGAAAAACGUGACCCUUUGCCCUACGUGACAGUGGCGGACCAGAAGGAGCGCAAUAAACACGUAAAACAGGGCAACUCGGAAGAGCAGUUUGUCCAGUGGCGAUCGGAGAGAGACCAGGGACUAAAAGAGCCAAGGUUGCUGCAUCAGGCGUUGCAGGUCAAUGUCCGCGGUGGGAGAAUGCCGAAGAAAACUCAUGCAGGAAAAGUGUUGUUGGACUUCGUGGUUCAAGUCCCCGAGGUGUUGGUGGGCGGUUUGUAA